UACAGGCCCGGCCGUAGGUACACCAAGUCACCAAUCCAAUGCAAUGCGAUCCAUGCACGGGCAUGCAGCCCGCCCUCUGACCGGAAUCACUGAUCGAUCGGCGUCGGCGGCUCGAUCGAGCAGAGGAAAGGGGACGGCGAUGUCGGCCACGACGGCGGCGGUGCCCUUCUGGCGAGCGGCGGGGAUGACCUACGUCGGCUACUCCAGGCUCUGCGCGUCCAUGGUGCGGAGCUGCCUCAAGGAGCCCUACAAGUCCGAGGCCGCCGAAGUCGAGAAGGUCCACUACUCCCGCUCCAAGUGGUCCGACGGAAAGCAGGCCAAGCCCACCAUCUGCGAAGAUGAUAAAUGAAAGAUCCGGUGCCAUGGUGACACAGUCCUUCCUACGGACGUUUUCAAAAGCUACUGUGUUUCGUGCUGGCCAUUCUACCUAAAACUCGUUAUCUGUUAGAUUUAUGUUUCGCACUCAUGAAUAAAUUAUUUCCAUGACAUUGGAUCUGUUCCGACAACAUUUUAUUUUAACUUUUAAUCGCUCCUUCUCUACUUGAUGAAUCAUCUUAACUUCUGUUGUCUUCUGGCAC